AUGGCUUCUGCUUGCGGUCCUUGCUGUUUAGAAACUAACUUCCACGAAGGUGCCCCCCAGGGUAGUCACUCUCAAAUUGGUGGCUUGGACACUUACUCUGUGGGCUCGGGAAAGAAAAUUGUGGUGAUUUUGACUGAUAUUUACGGUCACAAGUACAAUAACACUUUGCUCAUUGCCGAUGAAAUUUCGAAGGCUGGCUAUCAGGUAUUGAUCCCUGAUAUUUUGAAGGGUGAUCCGGUUCCUGCUGAGCACGGUGAUUUGGGUCCCUGGUUGCAAAACCACACUCAAGAAAUUACCACCCCCAUUGUCAACGGAUUCUUAAAGAAAAUCAGAGAAGAACUUAAGCCUACUUUUGUUGGUGGUAUUGGUUACUGCUUCGGCGCCAAAUACGUUGUUUUGAAUUUGGCUAAGGAUGGCUUGUUGGAUGCUGGCGCAGGUGCUCACCCAUCGUUUGUCACUAUUGACGAUGUCAAAGCUGUUACCAAGCCUCUCCUUUUCUCAUGUGCUGAGGUAGACCCCAUUUUCCCCGCUGAUGCUAGAUUCGAAGCGGAGAAGGCGUUGGCCGAAAUUGGUGCUCGUUAUCAGGUUGAUUUGUUCCUGGGAGUUUCUCACGGCUUUGCUUGCAGGGGUGACAUGAAGGACCCCGUGGUGAAGUACGCUGCGGAAAAGGCAUUGUCAGAUCAAAUUUGUUGGUUUCACCAAUUUGCUAAGUAG